ACGCACACCGAGCGUCUCCGGGUUUACCGAGUACGCAAUCAGGCAGCACUCGGCAGUUGGUUGGUGUUGGUGUGAUGGCUAAAUAAAACCGUGUAAGCAGCGAAGUUCGCUGUAGUACAUAGCUAACUUUCAUUGCGGUCGGAGUGUAGUAGGCGAUUUUCUUCCACCGUGCAGAGGGUUACAUUAGUGCGGGAAAGCUACUGGACCAUCCCAAGAGCGAUAGAUUGAAAAAAAAACCGGAGGCAAAAUUCGGCAGUGCUUGCACGUCCCAAUUGCGAUAAGAAUUUGUCGUCAUCUACCAUUAUUCCACCACAAUCGGUAAUCGCGCGGUAAACAUUGUUCUGUACAUUACAAGCUGGGAAAGAAGGUGUACAACGAAACCACACAAUUGAAACCACCGUCCGAUAAGGAGGAAAAGCGCGUCGGGUUCCGGGAAAAUAAACGCUCCCAACUGCGGAAAGGAUAAACAAAGGCAACAGAGCCCGGGCACCAGCAGCAACAUGUUGUCGCACUUGUUGAAGGAUACCAGCGUGAUCGUCAGUACCGGCAACGUGCUGAAUGUGAGCGAAUUGCGCAAGAAGGCCGGCCAGAAGCCGACCGAUGAGCUGACGGACUGUCUCCGCUCGACGUUUGGCGAGGCGGAAGUGACCGAUCUGCCACCGAACCGUCGCCUCAUCACACGCCGCAACAACGAUCUGCUCGAAAAGGUGAAGGAACAUCCGCGGGCGGACAUUAAAAUUGGAGCAAAGAUUUUCCUCAACCGCUUUUCCGAACCGGCAGUGACCGAGGCGGUUGAGAAGCUGUUUGAAACGUUAAACGUUUCGUACCUGGACAAUCUUAUAGUGGCUUACCAUCCGACGGCCGGAAGUAGCAACGGUACGAGCGGAGAAGCGCAGGACGACGAGCCAGAGGAGUCGGAGGUGAAGGAGGGUGUGAUCGAGUGGGCGGUCGGGAGUGACAAUGCGGUGGGAAAUUUGAAGAAGCUGUGGGCGCUGCUGGAGCGGUACGCUGGCGAUGGAAAAAUUGGCCAGCUUGGCAUUGCCGACCUGGAUGCCGACUCGCUCAAGGAGCUGUACGACGCGUCCACGGUGCAUCCGUCGAUAGCGCAGAUCAAUCUGGCGGCGUGCUGUGUCGUACCGCCGCAGCUACAGGCGUACUGCAAUCAGAACGAAAUUCAGCUCCUCACGCACAGCGACCCACAGGAACUACUGCCACGGGACGUAUUGAAUGAGCUAGAGCUGGCAAGCUACGGUGCCGGGUGGACGUCCCGGUACCAGGUGCACAUCAAGUGCCGUGGCGUACUGGCAGCUAAAGGAUUCAUCGUGAGCCUGGAGCGCGCAAACUGAGCGAAUGCGUCUGUCUGACUUGCACCGAUAUUCCACCGAUUGCCAUUCCGCGGUGCCGCAAACAUAGAGUGGGACUGCGGGACAGUACCGUUUCACACUGAGAAAUGCAGCACAUCACACACAGAAACCCACACACACACACAGGCACAAAACACGUAGCUUUCCCGCUCGAAAGAGCCGAACGUGGAUCGUAUGCUGCGAGCGGAUGUGUGGUCGUGUUAAGGAGGGGGGGGGGAGGGGGUUUUUGGCCGAUGUUACUAGAACCGUCUUCUACGCAAAACCAACCAGCAAACGGCAAACAAAAUGCACUUAACAACAUUCGAUGUUAACAGUAGCGUGUAAGGGAGCGGGUAGAUUCUGCUGUCGAUAUGGCGCACACGGCUGGAGACAGUGGAGGAACAAGUAUUUGCCAGCUUUACAGGAUGAGGCUUAGACGUGUGGUUAGUAGUGGUUAGUAGUUGUAGUUGCUAGUAGUUACACACACACACACACCAGAAACAGAAAAAAGACAUGAACGCUUUUUUAAGGGUGGUUUAAAAACGCUCGUGUGGUUGCUGAGAUCCGGAGGCCUUUGGACGAGAUUGGGCGGCGCGCGAGCGAAAUGUUUCCGUAGUUUUGUAUCAGCUUUUACGAUGACUAUUGAUAACUAUAAUUAUUGUUAGCGCAGCGGUGACCGAGCAGCAGCAGCAGCAGCAGCAAUAGAAAGGGUGAAGAUGGACUUCUUGAUGUGAUUAGAUAAUGUGCAAAAUGGUUGUUAUUUUUUUUUAUGUGACGGAGAUGGGCGGGACGGAGACCGAUGGGAAGAGCGAUACUCUGCUUGCUGUCUCCCAGAGACUACAAUGGACAAACCCACACACACACGCUUCGUUACGUUCACCCGACGCACUGCGUUGUGCAAUAGAAGAAGGAGGACAAGGCUUGGAGGGAUAUCUUUACCAAUAAAAACAACAAAGCAUCAUCCGUCUUGUGGAUAUAUUUGUGUAGAUAA